UGCAGUAUACAGCAGAAACACCAUGGAAGCAGUGGAGCAUCGAUGUGAAAAAUGUGGACAAAGUCUCUCAGAUGGUGACACGUCUGUCUCUCACUUCUGUUCAAAAAGGAAAACAUCUUCAUCCUGUAAAGGACAGCUGGACAGUUACAAGUGUUCUCAGUGCGAUGAGGUCUUUUCAAAGGCAGGCGCUCUGAAACAGCAUUUUAAAACCAGCCACAGUGAGAAUGACCUGAAACGCCCGUUCUCCUGCGCUGAGCCCGGCUGCCAGUUCAGCAGCACAGAUCGUCAGGAAUAUCAAGCCCACUUGAUGUCCAUGCAUGGGCUGACUCUUGUUCCCUGCACCUACCGGUCCUGUAAACAGUCGUUUCUUACACAGGUUGACAUGGAAAGUCACUGGAAGGGCCACAUGCCCUUUGGCUGCUUUCACUGCCAGUUUGUUGCCCAAAAUACGAAAGACCUCAGCGACCACCUCUUGGAGAGCAACCAUCAAGGGAACAAGCCUGAGGCCACCAGCGUAUGCACUGAUGAAAGCCACCUGCCUGAAGUCUCUGUCAGGCCAAAAAGGAAACAGAAAUCCAACCCAGCUUGUGUGUCAUCGUCAUCACAAGAUGGGGAUGUGGAAGAUUUCGAGAGACAAGGAGAUGAUACGAAACGAGCAAGACAGGCAGUGGAGAACAAUACAUCUUCAACAGUGGAUGCUGCACCACUGCCAUCCAAAGAAUAUCUCGCAGAGGGAUCCGAGCACAUUUUCCGCACCCACACCUGCCCAAAGUGUCGCCGCUGCUUCAAGAUGCGCUCUCACCUGCAGGAGCACCUCCGUCUCCAUUACCCCGACCCCAGUCUCCAGUGUCCCACCUGUAAGCGUUACUUCACCAGCAAAAGCAAACUGCGCGUACACCGGCUGCGCGAGGCUGGAGAAAAGCUCCAUCGCUGCCACCUGUGUGAGUACUCUGCUGUGGAGAGGAACGCCAUCCGCCGCCACCUUGUCAGCAUGCACGCUGAUGAGACGGAGGACGGCAAGAGCAGUCACGGCUACCUUUGUCCCACCUGUGGUGAAAGCUUCCACCAGAGCAGGAUGCUGAAGGCUCACAUUAAGACGCACCACAUCGCGUCAGACAGCAAGCCGCUGGCCUGCUUUCAAGAAGGUUGUUCUUUCCAGAGUUCUGUGCGCAAAGACCUUGUCAGACACACUGCUGAAGCGCACGGGGUCACGGCAGUAGAAUGUCGCCACCACGCCUGCGGAGCCGUCUUUCAAAGCGACGCAGACAUGGAGGCUCAUUAUCGAACACACCUGGCCUACCACUGCUCAGAGUGUGACUUCUCUUGCUCCAAUAAAACCGUCUUCCUCCAGCACCAGCGGCUCGGCCACCCGGGGGACGAAAAGCUUUGCUGCGGCUUUUGUUCCUUUGUCACGUUUAACCCUGUGGAGUUUGAGCAGCACAUUGGACAUUUGCACGCCAACGAGAAGAUCCACCGCUGCUCUCAGUGCAGCUACGUGACUUCGCACAAACGCGGUUUGACGCGACACAUGCUGAUGCACAGUGGUGAGAAGCCCCACAAGUGCAGCCUGUGUGACUUCAGGUGCCGAGAUGAGUCCUACCUCUCGAAACAUAUGCUCACUCACUCAGAUGACAAGAACUUCAUGUGCGCUGAGUGUGGAUACGUCACUAAGUGGAAGCACUACCUCAAUGUCCACAUGAGGAAACACUCUGGAGACCUCAGGUAUUCCUGUGAUCAGUGCUCGUAUCGUUGUCACCGCAUGGACCAGCUAAACAGCCACAAAUUACGACAUCAGGCCAAAUCCCUCAUGUGUGAGAUCUGCGCUUACGCCUGCAAGCGCAAAUACGAGCUCCGCAAUCAUAUGCUGGCCAAACAUUCUGGGGAGGAGAAACAGCCAGCGGUGUACAAGUGCAAAUACUGCGCGUACACCACCUGCUACCGACAGGCGCUUCAAAACCACGAGAACUGCAAACACACCAAGCUGAAGGAGUUCCGCUGCGCUCUCUGCUUCUACUCCUCCUUCAGCAGCAUCAGCCUCUUCCUUCACAAGAGGAAAGCUCACGGGUACGUACCUGGGGACAAAGCGUGGCUGGAGAACUACGCCGCAAAGGAGAAGGAGCGGAACUCAGCGGAGUUCAUGCAAGAUUUUUACAUCAAACCCUCAGUCGCUCAUGAGCAGCCACAACAGUCCGCCUGUGAAGGACCUCCACCGUCUGCAGCUCAAAGAGAACCAUCUGUUCUGGCUGGAUCAGCAGAUCACGAUGCCUGCAAAGAAGUUAGUUCACAACCUGUAGAGUCUGUGGAUAUUUUUGAUGUUGUUUCUCAAGAGGUUGUGAAGGAAGUUAUUUCUGAUAGUCCUCCAUCUGUUAACAGUCCAGAGGAGUACUGUACUCUGGUUUUAACUACACUGUCAACCACUGACUAUCAAACCCCUUCUUUACAAAAUGAGGAGGAAAACUGUGCUAGCAUACCCACUUUAAAUUGCAAUGGACCCGACACAUCACAGGACAAGACCGACUUUUCUAGUUCAUCAGAGGAGGAUGAUGUGGCGGUGCCAGAAGGAGAGUGUGAACAAAGCGACUUGGACGACAGCUGCGAGCCUCUGAAUAAUACAAGUCGACCUGGGGAAUGUCACACAUCUGAGGUGGAAAACAAAGCUGAAACACUGGAGCAAAAUCAUCCUUUAGAAUCUGAGGUCCGUCUGAAAGCUAUGAAGAAGCACGACAAGGAACAAGCAGAAGCCAUGGUUUUAGAGGGACGAGUGCAGAUGCUCGUGGUGCCAACUGAAGACGUUUAUCGCUGUGACAAAUGCUCUUAUGUAACCUCUAAGGAGACUGCUUUGAAACAUCACUGCCAAGCUUUGUGCUAUGGCAGGAUAAAGGGUCACCAGUGUCAGAACUGUGGCGCGCAGUUCAAACAGAGGCGUGGCCUCGAUAGCCACCUUAAGAGAAAGUGCCCAGCGCUUCCACGAAAAACAAGGACAUUUGUAGGCAUUUCAAAAGCAGGUCUGACUCCAAAGGAAAGAUCCGAGCAACUGGAUGGAGGAACAAAUUCAGAUCAGAUGGAGCUUCUAUCACAAAAUACCACAGAUUUAACAGGUGCUGAAGUUCAUGAGCAAGAAGAAGUUUGCGCAUCUCAUUUAACAAACUGUGAAGGAGUUGUUGUCAGUGAUAAAACCACAUGCCACCAGCUUAUGAAAAAAACAUUAGCUUCCAAAGACAAACUCAGAAAUGUUCCGUUGCACAAAAAGUCCCUUUAUGCUAAAAAAGAUGGCAAAUUCAAAUGCAAACUGUGCAGUUUUUCAUCAGUCAGGCUUCCAACUGUUGAACGGCACCUCUCAACCUGCAAAAAAAUCUCAAGGAAAAAUGUGAAGCAGUUCGUUUCAGAGGUGGAUGAUGAUGAUGAUGGUAAUGGAGACAAAGAAAAAGAACACCUGGUGGAGGAUGUUGGUGAAGAUCCUGUGGAAGCUUCUAAGAAACGUCAGAUCUUUGGUUGUCCAAGCUGUGCGUUUAGGUGCAAUCAGAAGAGAGCAUUAGACAGCCAUGAAAAGAAAGGCUGCCUGAAACCAGAUCAAGUCCAGUGUACCAAGUGUUCAUUUGUAGCCAAAACUAAACUUUCUUUGACCCGUCAUGUUCUGUGUGUUCAUAACAAGGAAAAGUUUAAUGUUGUGAAAGGUAAACGUUUGCUUUGCCAGCACUGUACCUUCACCUGUAAACAAGAACGAUGCAUGACACAACACGUUGCACUUAAACACAAAGGUACUCGACCUCACCGUUGCAGCUACUGUCCUUUUAGCACCACAAGACGCUAUCGCUUGGAAGAGCAUGAAUCUCUCCACACAGGAGUCGGUCGUCACAGCUGCGACAUGUGUGACAAGACCUUUGGGGCUUUGACCAAACUGCGUCAGCAUAAGAUGCGCAUCCAUGACAAACAGCCCACGCAUUUCUGCUCGCUGUGCGACUUCAGUGGCUACACACUCGACGAUGUAAGACGACACAAACUCCGAUGCCACACAGGAGAGUUGCAGCACGUCUGCACUCAUUGUGAUGCUCAUUUUAGUUCAGAGAUUGCUUUAAGAAACCACUGUAAACGUGUGCACCAGCUGCAGGUCUGUUUCUCGUGCAAGCAGUGUGACUACACAUGUAGCAGCGAUGUUGCUCUGAAGACCCACCAACAGAACAAGCACUCCCAAGUGAAGUGCACAACGUGCCAGGAGUCCUUUGAGACGAAGGAAACCCUUGAGGUUCACCAGAGAACCCACCUGGCACAUCAGUGUCAGCUGUGCCCCUUUGCUACCAAAACCAGACAGCUAUUGGCUCAACACCUUCUGAGUGAACAUGAGGAGGGAUCUCCAGAGGACAAGCCUCUCAAGUGCAGCACUUGUCAGUUUGCUUGUCGGCAUCAGCUGGUGUUGGAGCAGCACCUGCGCUCACAUGGAAGCAAACGAUUGUACAAAUGCACAGACUGCCAGUAUUCAACCCGGAACAAGCAGAAGAUCACGUGGCACAUUCGCAUACACACUGGAGAGAAGCCUUACAGCUGUGAGCAGUGCAGUUACACCUGCACUGAUCCGUCGAGGUUGAAGCUCCAUAUGAGGGUUCACCAAGAAGAGAAGAAGUACCUUUGUCCAGAGUGCGGCUACAAAUGCAAGUGGGCGACUCAGCUGAAGUACCACAUGACCAAGCACACAGGAGAGAAGCCAUACGCCUGUGACGACUGCGACUACCGCACCAACAGAGCAGACGCCCUCCGUGCACACCGCGACACGCAGCACUGUGACAUGCGCCCUUUUGUCUGCGAGAAAUGCGGCAAAGCCUUCAAGACAAGCUUCAUACUGAAGACCCACCAGCGGCAGCACACUGAUGACCGGCCGUACACGUGUGGCUUGUGCCAGAAGGCCUUCCGGUGGCCGGCAGGCCUCAGACAUCACUACCUGUCUCACACCAAGCAGCAGCCUUUCUGCUGUCGACACUGCUCCUACAGGGCCAAACAGAAAUUCCAGGUGGUGAAGCACCUGCAGAGGCACCAUCCGGAGAUGUCAGUAGAGCAGGGUGUGGUGAGAGACUCUCAGGCUGGGGGCCUCACUCUGAAGGAGGCUUUGCAGGGGACUCUGGAGGAGAGAGCUGCAGAAGCCAAAGAGCUGCUGCCUCCUGCCAGUGAGGUAGAGGAGGUAGCUGAAGAGGUGGUGGCAGUGGGACAAAACGCUGAAGAGACGCAAUAGAGAUGCAGUGUUGACAUAUCCGUCGAUACUGAUACUUGACUGCUUGAUUUUAUUGUUCUGCAAAAGCCUAAUUAUCAACACAUCAGGGCUAAUGAAGUGAGAGAAUUAAAUAGAACUGAAGUGCUUUCUGUAAAAAAGAAACCACGUUUUUAUGUCUCUUAAUGUUUGCCUGUGAUUAGGAACUAUAUUGUCCACAGCGAAUAAAUGAAUGAGCCAGAAA